UGGAUACGUAGCCACUAUACAACUUUUACUCACACGUGCGAAAUUCUUUUCGAAAAUAACUAGAUUUCAAUCAACAAAGAAAGUGAACAGGAACUGUUCUUACAAAGAAGCUCUCUCUCUCUCUCUCUCUCUCUCUCUGAUCACACACACGAUCUGACUUUGCCGAAAAGAUGCAUUGAAGUGUGGUCUGCACUAUAUAUGGAGACUUUACCCGUGGAAAUCUGGCUUAAGAUUUUCUGCUUCUUGGAUUACCAGAACCUUGCAAUUGCACAACAAGUUUGCAGGAAGUGGAACAAUGUGGCCUCGGACAACAAUCUAUGGUCUAACCUAUUCAGGGAAAGAUGGGGAGGAGAUCAUGCCAUGUUCUAUGCCCCUGUUGGUUCAAAAUCAUGGAAAGAUGUGUAUCAGGUUCAAGAUCGUUGUCAUCGAGUUGGAUUGGGCCUGAAGAUAAUAAGAGAAGGUGGUGACUAUUAUCUUGUUCACCAAGGUGAAAUUCAACGCCAUCUGGGUUCAAGGAGACAAAGGAAAGGGACAAGUAGUUGUACUCUGAAUACAAAAGGAGAGUUCAAUGAUGAAGGAUCACAAGAAGAGGAAUCCCGUAGAGGGAUUUUAGACAAAAUUCUUUUCUUCAUUGGGGAUUUGGAGGUUGCCUCCGCAGAUGCAAAACGUUGCCGGGAGCUAUAAUGGAUCUCAAGGCAUCAAUUCACAAUACUGUAAAAUUUAUGCAUGUAUGUAUGUAUUACUCUGGAACCUAAUCGAUGUGGUUCGAAUAAUUGGUUUGGAGGUAAUGGAAGAUUCAUAUUUUAUUCAUCUUAA